AUGCAACAAUGGCAUGAACGUUUCAAACUUGACCGCGGACUUACUAUGCAUAUGAACGGUUGCGAAGGAGCGCACUUGUCAACGAAGGAGUUAGGCGCAGAGUAUUCUAAUACUAGCCAUUGUCUUCAUUCUUUCAUCAUCUUCGCGUGCAGAAGACAUGAAUGGACCGAUCGAUUGCAAACCGAAGAAAAACCAACUCUGCAUGUCAAGAAACUUGGUUGGCUUUGUCAUUGGCGAGAAGCUGGAGAGGAGGAGCUAAGUAUAGAUCACUACCUCUGGGCUAUAAUCCUGGAAGAGCUGAGCGUAAGAGCGGAUCCAAGGAAUGCUCAAAUCAGAAAUCUGAAAGCUGUUUUGGAAGAAAUCAAGAAGCAAGAGUACAGAACUGCCGAAGAUGGUAGAACUGCAAGUCUAAGUGAACUUUUGAUGCUUAUUUGCUAUAUUUUGAAGCACUGUCACCGUAUUGGCCCUUUCUAUGGCUACGAGAAUCUCGAAUAUAGCUCGUUCACAAAAUCAGACCGGAGUAGCCUCAUUGCUCUCAAAAGGAUUUGUAUUUGGCUCGAACUUUAA